AUGGCAAAUACCGCCCAAUGUUACUACUGCUUCGAAAGCCUCUAUGCUUCUUUUGAGAACCGUGAGCCCGCUUCUUUGACGACCAUAGAGGCUCUAUGGGCCCAGCAUGAACAAUCAAAGAAACUAUCAACGCUUCAAGAAUACCAAGAGGACCCAGCAGAGCCAGAUGACGAAGAAUCAGGUGGCAUUCAAUCUCGAGAUUUGAGGCCACAGGGCGUGAGCCGUCUUCAGAGCGAAACAUCUAUCGACUCUUCCAGCACUGCACCAACCCCUUCUUCUACCUCCAACAGAUCCGCCAAUUCCCUUCUGUCGACGUCCACUGCUGCAACCUCGCCCAGUACCCUGUCAGCGGGUGUGAAGUCUAGUGAUCAACGGUAUCCACUCUUUGUAACAUGGGACACCUUGUCUCGCAGUGGACACAAGUCUCUGCGCGGGUGCAUUGGGACCUUUGAGCCACAUGAUCUUGCCGAGGGGCUGAAAGACUACGCUUUGACUUCGGCAUUCGACGAUACACGCUUCAAUCCAAUCCCAAAAUCUCUACUGCCCUCACUUAUGUGCUCGUUAACCCUAUUGGGCUCAUUUGAGCCGUGCACCGACCCCAUGGAUUGGGUCUUAGGUACCCACGGCCUGCGCAUCUCAUUUAUCCACCGUGGGCGGCGAUACGGGGCAACCUAUCUCCCAGAUGUAGCUGUCGAACAAGGCUGGACCAAAGAGGAGGCUGUCGAGAGCUUGAUGCGAAAAGCGGGCUGGGACGGAGGUUCUGGCAGUGUUGCUCGGCGCUUGUUACGGACGGGAGCUGCAGGUGCUAAUGCCACCGCUGCAAAGCCGUGGGAACAGGUUUCUGAUUUCCGUACGACCAAGUACCAAGGCCUCAAAGCUAGUGCCAGCUAUGCUGAGUGGCAGGAGUGGAGGGACUGGGUACUUUCUCUGGACGACGGCCAGAAAAUUCUAGAGUCGAGUUAG